AUGAGGAAAUUAGUGUUGGUGUUAUUUUUUGUGAUAAGUGCUUUAGCACAAGACAAUUUCGAAAGUUCGAGCGUUCAAUUAGCUUUAAAAAUAUACGAUGACUGUUCGAAAAUGGAUGGACUAUCAGUGUGUUUAAAGAAAAAGGCUGUAACUUUCAUCGACAGAUUGGGCCGUAUGGAUAAACUUGCUCUUAGCGAUGGAAUAGUAGUUCAUAAAACAGCAGAUGCACCCAAAGAUGGACCUGCUGUUACAGAAGAUCAACUAGAUCAAACUCUACCAAGAUCUUCAGAUGCCAAAGACGAAGCCCUCACAGAAAUGCUCAUGGAUAAAAUCGGCAACUUCGUUGGAUCCAGAUCAAUUGAAGUCGCUUUGCCAAAAAUUUCGGUAGCAGAACUUAUUGAAGAAGGCCGCAAGGGUGACUUCAACUUCGGCGGAGGCGGUGGAGGAGGCAAAGGAAAGAAGAAAGGUGGCAAGAAAGGCGGUAUGAUGGGCGGCAUGAUGAUGCUAAUGGGAGCAAAAAUGGCAGCUCUAAUUCCUAUUUUUAUCGGUGGAUUGUUCCUCCUAGCUAAAAAAGCGCUGAUAACAGCUAAAAUUGCUCUCCUGAUAUCCGGGAUCAUCGCUAUCAAGAAACUGUUCGGAUCCAAAAAGGGAGGCGGUGGAGGAGGCGGACACGGAGGCGAUAGCGGCUGGCAAUCUGGAGGAGGAGGCGGAGGUUGGCAAUCUGGAGGAGGCGGCGGCGGUGGAGGCUGGCAAUCAGGAGGCGGCGGAGGUGGCGGCUGGGAUAAAAGAUCCUACAAUGAAGUACAAAGUCUGGCUUACAACGCCUACAGCCCGAAACAAUGA